UGAAAGAGAGAGAGAGUGAGAGAGAGAGAGAGAGAGUGAGAAGAGGAAGAAGAGAAAGAAGAAGAGGAGCAGGUGAAACGACAGGAUGACUCGUCCGCUGCUGCUGUGUCUCUUCUUCUGCGUGGCGUUCAGCCGCAGCAAACCGACAGAGAAGAAGAACCGAGUGAUGGAGGCGCUGCUCAGCCACGUCCAGCACGAGGACGACAAAGGGUUCGAAUACGACCACGAAGCUUUUCUGGGAGAAGACGACGCCCCAGAAUUUGACAAGCUCCCCCUAGAGGAGAGCCUGCGUCGACUCGGCCUCAUCGUGGACAGAAUCGACGUCAACAAAGACGAGUUCAUCUCAAAGGACGAGCUGCAGCUCUGGAUCCAGAGCGUCCAGAGGAACCACACCUUCCACCAGAUGGAGAGCCAGUGGGACCACUACGACGCCGACCAGGACGGACUCAUCAGCUGGGACGAGUACAAACGCACCAAGUACAGCGACGGCACUGACCUGGGGUCAGAGUUCGACUACAGCCGGGUGAUGGAGCGGGAGGAUCGACUCUUCAGAGCCGCCGACCGGGACGCAGAUCUCAAAGCAGACAAACAGGAGUUCAUCGCUUUCCUUCAUCCUGAGAACCACCAGCACACGAGAGAGGUCCUGGUUCAGGAAACGAUGGGAGAAAUCGACAAGAACGGAGACGGCUUCAUCGACCUGAAAGAGUUCAUGGAUGACCUGAACAUCCCAGAAGGUGAGGAGAACCUUCCGGAGGGGGCGGAAACCGAACGUCAGCAUUUCUUGGACAAAAAGGACAAAAACAAAGACGGGAAGUUGGACAAGCAGGAGACCAGUGACUGGCUCUUCAGGCCGGACCUGAGCUACUCGGACGCUGAAGCUAAACAUCUGGUGACGGAGUCCGACACUGACAAGGACGGAAAACUGACCAAGACGGAAAUUCUGAACAACCACGAGAUGUUUGUGGGAAGUCAGGUGACGAACUACGGAGAAGCUCUGCUGCGACACGACGAGUUCUAGAUGCUCAUAGAAAACAUGAUUUAUACUUUUGUACGAAACUUUAUUUUUACUCCUGUUUUUUCACUGGUUCAUGAUUCUGAGUUAUUUUUUGCUGGUUGAAUGUUUAUUGAUCAGUUUUGUGUUUUUCAGGUUUAAUGUCACAAUCUGUAAACUGACUAAUACAACUUCUCUGCAAUAAAAAUGAAAGAACAUUC